AUGAAGAAUAUAGGGAUUUUAUUAUGUAACAACUUAAGGAAAAAGUCCUCUUUUUUUUUUUUACAAGCAAAAUUUUUAAGGACAAAAAAACUUAGAUGUUCUAAUAAUACAAAAAAAUUAUAUGAAGAUAAAGAUAAUGAAAAUACGUACCAAAAUGAAGAACUACCCAAUGGAACAAGUGGAAAAAAUUCUUAUUUAAAAAUUGAAAAUAAUAAUAACAAACAUUGUCAUUUAGAUAAAGAUGAAGAAUUAAAAAAAAAAUAUGAAGAAUUAAAAAAAAAAUUGUAUAAAAAAUACAAUUAUUAUGAAAUAGAAAGUGAUCCUCAUAAUAUUUACUUACAUGGAAAAAACUACGAUGAGAUAAAUGAAUUGAAUAUUCAUAAAAUGUUGUUAUUAGGUUUAAAAAAAAUUCAUAUAAAUGAGUUAAGUGAAAUGCAAAUAAGUAGUUUUUUAACAAUUCAACAAGGGAAAGAUUUAGUAUUAAAUUAUCCUGAUGGAUCUGGUAAAACUAUAGCAUAUUUGCUACCAAUUCUAAAUAAUCUCUAUUUUUUACAUGAUUAUUUAGAAAAAAUUAUUUUAGAUAGCUAUAAUGAAAAGAAUAAUAAUUAUAACAAUAACAUUAAUUGCAUUGAAAAUAAUUACAAAUUUAAUAAUAACUUUAAUUUAUAUGAAGAAAUGGAUAAUUAUCUAUUAAAAUAUAGUCAUUAUAAAAAUAAUGUUUUUUUUGAAGAUAAUUUAGAUAUACAUAAAAAAAUGAAAGAAAAAUUUCACUUAUUACCACCUUGCUUUGAUAAAUUAAAUGAAGAAUCUUUUAAAAAUAUUGGUAGAAAAAAAAGAAGAAACAAAAACAUUAAUUCAUUAAAUUUAGCAAACGAUAUAAAUAUUAGUGACACUUUAAGUACAGAGGUAAAUAAAAAUAGUGGAAAUAUACAGAAUAUUAGUAUAAUGAAUAAAUUAAUUGAAAUAAUAAAAAUUAACAACAUAAAAUUAAGUAACUUAAAUAGUAAUUAUAAUAACGAACAAGAAUUAAAAAAGCUAGAUCGUAUUUUAAAAUAUAAUGAAAAAAAUAAUGAAGAUAAGGAUUAUGUAACACAUCAAAAUCAUUCUGAAUCUAUUUAUAGAUAUUUAACAGUAAAUCCUUUGCAAAUAAAUAAAUCAGUAAUAAUACUAACUGUUAACAAGGACAAUAUUAAUCAAAUAAUAAAUGUUAUAAAACAGUUAGAUAUAUUAAAAAGAAUUAAUAUACAAACAUUAAACGAUGUCCCUUAUACUUGUGUUUCUAGUGAAAUAGAAAAAGAAAAUUUUAAUGAUUAUAUAAAAGAAAAUUUUAAUUUAGAAAAUUUACAGGUAGAAAAAUUUAAACAAUUAAAUAAUGAAGUAUUAUGUAAUGAACAAAUAAUGUGGUCUUAUGCAGAUAUAUUAAUUACAACACCAGAUAUAUUUUUAAAUAGUUUCAAAAAUAAUACAAAUAGUAAUAUAUUACCAUCUAUUAUAAUAUUUGAUGAAAUAGAUAUGCUAUUUCAAAAUAAUGCUUAUAGAAAUACAAUGAUGAAUAUUUUUAAAUUGAUUAAAAAAAGACCGGAAAUAUACAAUCCACAUAUUGAUGUUAGCGACGAAAAUAUUGCAUAUAUAAAUAAGUCAAUUGAAAAUAUUUUAAUUAAUGAAGAAAAAGUUUCUAACAAUAGUUGCGAUAGUUUUCAAAAUGAGAAAAACAUCAUAAAUAAUUACUUUAAUUCCAAAAAUAAUGAUACUUCUACUAAUUAUGAAUACGUAAAAGUCGGAGAAGAUUUUUCACAAAAAAAGUUAAAAAUAUAUCAAGAGAAAAAAAAUAAUAGUAGUAUUAAUGGAAAUAAUGAUUGCUAUAGUAAUAGCAAUAAGGGAAUAAAAAGAAAAAAUGAUGAUAUGCAAUUAAUACAAUUGAUAUAUGUUUGCUCUACUUUACCUUCUGUUGGUCAUACUACAGCUGGAAGUAUGCUAACUGAAAGAUUUAACAAUUUGGUAGAAAUAGUAAGUAAAAGUAAUUAUAAAAUACCUAAAAAUAUACACACACAAUGGAUAGAAUUAAAUAAAGAAAAAAUUAUAAAUUUAUAUUUAUUUAAUAAUGAUAAUAAAACAAAAAAAAGUGUUAAUUUAAAAGAUUUCUCUUUAUCAAAUAAAAUAAAUGAAUUUGAAAAUGCCUCUUUUGAGCAUAGACUAGAUCUCUUGAUUUAUAUUUUAAAAAAGUAUUAUGAAAGAACAAUAAAUUAUAAAGUUAAUAAAAAUUCACAAAAUUACAAAGGAAGUAAUAAUUUAAAUAAAAAUAAUGAAGAAAAAAAAAUGGCAUAUAAUUCCUCCAGUAAAUAUUUUCAUUUAAUUGAUAGAAAUCCAAUAUAUAAAACUAUUGUUUUCGUUAAUAAUAUAAAAGAUUGCAUUAAAAUUUAUAAUUUUUUAAAAAAACAUAAUUGGCCAGUUUUUUCUUUUCAUAAAAAUUUAUCUUUAAAUUCAAGAAUUAAAAAUUUAUAUAAUUUCUACUAUUCAAAAUUUUGUAUUUUAAUUACUACAGAUUUAAUAAGUAGGGGUAUUGAUACAAAAAAUAUUGAUCACGUAAUUAAUUUUCACUUUCCUUCUGAUGCAAUUACAUAUAUUCAUAGGUUAGGUAAAAUUAACAGAUUAAAUAGUUAUAUAAAUAAAAUGAACGAAUAUAAUUGCACUAUAAAUGAUAACACAUUAAAGGAAAAGAGCCUUAACAAUAAUUUAAAUUCAUUUCUGAAAAAAAACAAAGAAAAAUCUUUUCUUGUUACUAAUUUUAUUUCUUCAACUAACUUACUAUUAGCAGAUUCUAUAAGAAAAUUUCAAAAUAAUAAUAUUAGUUUAUUAUCAUUAUUUUCUAGAAAAAAAUCUUUUAAAAUGAAAAAUAAAAGAAACAAUUCAGAAAAUGCAAAUAACAGAUAUAUUGACAUGACAUCUAUGAAAGAAAUAGAAUUAGACGUUAAUGAUCAUAAACUAAACACUUUACUUCAAUUAAAUGAUGAAAAUAAAGAUGACAUAGAAACAAAUAAUUGUAGUAAUGUGUCUUAUAUAAAUGAAGAAAGUAGUUCUUAUAUACAAGCUCCUUUUACAAUUUUUUCUUUAGAAGAUUCAGAAUCAGAUGAAGAGGAGAAAUUUGAAUGUAAAAAUAAAAAUACAACAAAUGAUAAUAAUAUUAAAUAUGAAAAUAUAAGUAAUAUAUAUACAAAUAAAAUUAUAGGUAAAAGUAAUAUAAAGGAAAAUAGAGAAAUGAUACUUAAUGAAAAUGAUAAAGAAAACAAACAAAAAAAAUAUAUAUCAGAAAAGAAUAGUUGUUAUGAUAACUUAUAUGGAAAUUAUAUUAACAGUAUAUCCCAAAAGAAACAACUCAAUGAAAAUAAAUUAGAAAAAUUUAAUAUUUCUAACAACUCGAAUAUUCCAUCAUGGGACGACGUUAAAUUUGAUCAUAAGAAAUUUGUUGUUGAAAGAUUUAAAAGUAAAAGUUGUUAUCUGGUAAGUCAAGUUAAAAGAGGAAAACUAAUUUUAAAUAGUUUUGAGAAUAAUAAUAAUGACGAUGAACUUUUAUUUUAA